AUGGCGUCAAGUCGUGCUCAACUUUUUGUCGCGAAACUUCCCUGGACAGUCUGUCGUGGUAUGAUUCCUGAUUUUUACUUUUCGUAUAAAAAAGUACUAGCAAUACGUUAUCGGAAAAAUCUCGUGAAGCUGUGAAGGGUCUCAAAGUCAGUUCUUGCGAAACAAGGGGAGGUGAUCGACAGAUUGUCUACCGUCCACAGUGGUGUGAGAUAUGCACGUGGCUCAUCAAAAUAUUGGGACUUUCCAUGUUUUCGUCAUCUUUUAUCCCCUUUUCACUGUCCUCACUACCCCACUUCCAUAUGGAAGGUAUCUUAGGUGAGGCUGAACAGAUCCUGCCAGACUUAUUAACGUCAAGCUAUUUUACCCGGUCCACCCCCAUUGAUGAGCUGUUUUUUGGCCGGACCACUUCAGAAAAUGUUUCUCAUGAUAAUUCCGCCUAAAAAGAAGGGCUGCGUUCCCUUGUCUCCUCCUUUCCAACCACUCCCCCCUUCAACACCUUGCUAAAUGAUAAUAUUCAUCUUAGUUUAAUUUGUUUACUAAUGAUUAAUGUUGACAGAUACCCUAAGAGAAUACUUUCAGAAGUUUGGUGUUGUUACAUCUUCCAGAGUUGUCUUUGUAAGUAUGUUCGUAGUAGAGCUUGUUGCAAUUAUUUGGGGGAGUAACUGCAGAAUACCCUGCCACUGGAAAGUUGCACCUCUGAAAAUAGUGGCUACUUGGCCACAAAGCUGACGAGUUACACAGGGCGAGGAUGCUAAGUCGGUACAUGGCUACGCGGCUACAUGGCUACGUAGCUACGUGGCUACGGAGCUACGAAGGUACAUAGCUACGGAGCUACGGAGCUGCAAAGCUACGUAGCUACUUGGCUACGUGGCUACGGAGCUACGGAGCUACAAAGCUACGUAGCUACAUGGCUACGUGGCUACGUGGCUACGUAGCUGCGUGGCUACGGAGCUACGAAGGUACAUAGCUACGGAGCUACUUGGCUACGUGGCAACGUGGCUACGGAGUUACGGAGCUACAAAGCUACGUAGUUACAUGGCUACGUGGCUACGUUGCUACAUGGCUACGUGGCUAAGUGGCUACGUGGCUACGGAGCUAUUUGCCUACGGAGCUACUUGGCUACGGACUUAAAAGGGUAAUUGUGUACCCGGCUAGGAGGACAAAAAGUUGCUACGGGGCUAAGAGAGUACGAGGCCAAUGUGGUAUUUGCAAGGCGACCAGACAAUUUCAUAGUUUUUGAUACUGCUAAUGUUUAUUUACAUUAUUAAUCGCAAUGAAAAUGACUAAGUUCACUUUAAAUUACAAAAAUUUACAUGAAAAUUGUAUUCGUUAUGAAAUGAGAUCAUAAAUGUAGCUGUUUAAAAAUGUAUUGAAAAUGGUGAAUUUACGAAAAUCUUGAAACUGUGAAAUAACUAUAUGCUAAUACGCAUCAAAUGUUCUUUACACGAAUAUUGUGUUCCUGUACUGUUCAUUGCAAGUGUUACAUAUCUAAACAUCUGGGAACAUUUCUUGUGGAAUGAAGUUCGCAUCGAUCAAUGCCCGCUUGAUAGCGGUAGAGAUACAUUUGUUGGCAUUUUGAUUGUACUUGGAUCUAUGUCGUUUUGGCUGCAUAAGUCUGAGGGCCAGUUGACAUUCUCAGGUUUUUGUUUGAUGAACACUUGAACUGGAUGUGGUGCAAAUCGUACUCGGACGGAACGAACCUUUCCUAGGCCUGCUUGCUCAAGGGCGUUGACUGCUUCCGUGAACUCAGAAUUUGCGAUUCCUCGCAGAGGACGUGGGCCGCACUGUUUGAAGGCCCGGCAGGUGAGAAGUGGACCACCAAAAUGAAGACACGCGGUUUGAAUGGACAUCAAGGUUGGCUGACCUUUUGUUUCAUCCAUCGUGGGCGACAUGAGGUCAUUCAGGAACUGGAAAAAAAUAUGUUUAGGAAUAUGUAAUUAAAACUUUAAGAAUCGAUUCACUUGUCAUUACACUUCACUGAAUCGAUUGUACGCGAAACAAGCGCGCUGAACACGAAUAUAUCUCGUUCUUUAUUCAUGACCCGAAACAAGCGCGCUACACAUGAAUAUGUAAUAGUUUCUGACUGAUUCGUUUUGCUUUCAAAAUAUUCCUUGUGAAAUGUCUUUUAGGGAAGGUGAAAUAUUUAUUGUUUUGUAUUAUGUUAAUCGGAAGACCUAUCGUCGUCCGCUAUAUCGCCAUCGAGAAAAUGAGACUAAUUUCGUUUCUCCAGUCAUUCAUUCGUACCCUGUUCUGUGUUGAUAAUUUGUUAAGAAACUCCUUUCCCUUCCUCUACCCCCUGAACUAGAUAAAAAGGGUUAUCUGAGGUAUAUAGUUUGGAAAGUAAUCGUGGGAUUUUAAGGUAGAAAGAUUUCAUAUCGCUUACCUCAGCAAAAAUUUCUUUCUGCGAUUCAGCCCAAUUUACGUAUUCGAUGGCGCAGAGAAGUGUAGACUUUUCGAUUUCGUCUGCUGGCUGUGUGGGCUGCCUGCCUUGAAGCAGCUCCUCAGUGACGUGGUUAAAGAUAUGGAGCGCUGCUGCAACACAGAGGAUGAUGUCGAUCUUUUUCGUCUUGGGCGGACUUGUGCCUUCCAAGAUGGCUUCAUUUACCUCGGCUAUAAAUUGUUCGUUUAUAGUGUUGACAGUUUCUGUGGCCUCUUGGUCUAGAGUGUAAGUGGAACGUGAAAGAUGCAGGCGAGCAAUCUCCAUGAAUAUGUCUUCGACGCUGGAAAGGCCGCUCUCUUUUAAGGCUUCGAUUGCCUGGCUUGUUUGCGUUGGCGUCGGUCGCAAGCACUUUGGGAAUGUAAUUAAAAACCGGUCUAAAAGACCGUGUCCUUGAUCUAAUAGGGCGACUAGACGGGCGGCAAAUGGAAUCUGUGUUGCCCCUAAGAUGCAGAAAGGCGUGUUUGCUGCUAUUUCGCGUUUUUCAGUGGCAUACCGGUGGGAGGCCUCUUCUCCAGAGAACAGUUGACAUAGCGCUUGUACAUCGCCAGUGGCAUUUUCUUUCGUCAGACUUUAGCAAUUUGAACAGGACGUCGUAAAUCUCGGCUGACAAAAGGAACCCUCUGUUGUUGUCUGCGACUGUUUUUAUCAGUCCCGACGAGGUACAUUUCUGGAUUACAGGGCUUGCAGAAUCUGCUUCUGCCGUUACACUGGCCAUGGGUGAUAUAGCGCAUUCCUUGAUUGCUUGUGAUUUUCCAGUUGUUGGAGGGCCAACGAAGAUUGAAUAGAUGUUGAGUGGCAUUUCUUGUGUUGCAGUUUUCAGUGUAGUUGCAGUUCCAGCCAUAAACGCAGUGGUAGUAAUCAGAGUGGAAGAAACAUAGCCAGGAUUUGUGCUAAUAGAGUGCGACUUGUUGAGAAUAAAGCUCCAGACUUCGGCUGGGAAAAGCGUUUCAAAUGGAUCAGGAAGUGCGAUUAGGCGUUUUUGAAGUUGGGCCCAAGUACUGUUUGGUUGUUUUCGAAGCUUCGUAAGGCGCGGGGUAGACAUUCUGGAACGAUGCGUUUGUCUCAAAUGAUGCGCUCUACAUUGAGUUUAGCGAUUUUGCAGCUAAAGGAAUCCCCAAAGGGACUAUUAAGUUAUUGUAUAUAAGGAGAUUAAACAAAGGGUGUGAAGUAAUCGGUGAACACUUCAGUUGCAGAUACUACUGUUUGGUUAGUUUGUAGUUGUUUUGAUAAAUUUCAUUAAUCUGCCGCCUGCGUCGGAAUGGUGAUUAAAAAAAAAAACCAACAAAGGCGUUCUUAAAAGCAAAAUAUAUGGUUAUGCUGUUCUGUGGGAAUAGUUUUUUUAUAAUAAUGUAAGAUGUUAAUUGUUGAAUUGCGGAAGCCGCGUUGUGUAAAACUUAGAGAGAUUUGAAGGUGUUGUUUGUAGUUUGGUGUAAUACGCGCCAGGAACAAAGACUGUGAACACUUCAAAGGAGGUGGGAAAAUUAAAGAAAUUAGCGUUUAUAUAGUUUCUUUGUUUGAGUGAGGGCUAAUACAUGCUGGUCAAUGUUAAGAUAAUUAGUUGUUUGCUCUGCAGUCGUUUAUGCUGUUCUGGAAAAUGUAUACUGUUGUACGUCGUAAGACAUGUGGAGUGCAAACUGGGUGUUCGAAAAGCUGAUUUAAAACAUCAAAGCACUCAGUGUGGCAGCACUCAAGCAAGCUAUCAAAGAAAUGAGAAGCAAGAGAACUUCACAUCAUAUGAAAAUUUGCUAAGAGAUUACCUGUGGGACAGAGAGUUCACGCUGUCAUGGCUAAGAGAAGAAGGGCUGAUUGCGUCGAGUAGAAAUUGCACUAUGUGUGGAUCGGAAAUGAAUUGGGUUCGGCGGGGAGACCGAUCGGAUGGCUACAUCUGGGAAUGUAGAAGGCAGAUUAAUGGUAAGCGGCAUAGAUGUGAGAUGAGCAUCAGAGAAGGAAGUUGGUUUGAAAAUUCGAACAUGACAAUUGAAGAGGUGUUGAAAUUUACGUACUGGUGGUGCCAGGACUUAAACCAGUGGCAAAUUAAACAACAGCUUGGACUUGGCUCGCACACAGCGGUUGACUGGGGCAUGUUUUGUCGUGAAGUAUGUGAGGUGGCAUUGUUCGAUGGAAGGGAGAAAAUUGGCGGUCCAGGGAAACUGGUUCAGAUUGAUGAAAGCAAAAUUGGAAAGAGAAAGUACCAUCGUGGACAUGUAGUGGAGGGUCAGUGGGUUUUUGGCGGCAUCGAGGAAGAUUCACGAAAAUGUUUUAUUGCGACCGUAGAAGACAGGACGGAGGAAACUUUGCUAAAUCUAAUCAAAGAAUGGAUUGAACCAGGAACAACAAUUGUGUCCGAUUGCUGGAAGGGGUACGUGAAUCUUUCAAAACAUGGGUACAUCCAUAAGACAGUAAACCACUCCGUGGAGUUCGUUAACGAGGAGGGUUUCCAUACAAACAAGAUAGAGGGGCAUUGGCGGCAAAUGAAAGCGAAGCUUCCGACGCACGGUUGUAAAAAAGAACACUACUCAUCAUACCUAGCUGAGUUCAAAUGGCGAUAUAUCCACAGUGGAGAAGAUUUGUGGAAAGUGUUUUUAAAUGACAUUAAGAAAAUUUACAAAUUUGAAUAAUCAGAAGAAUGCACUUCCUGAAAAUAUGUCAGAAUCUUAUCGAAUCGGUUCAAGCAGUGUAAGAGCAAAUAUGAACACGUUUAACUUUGAGUUGUGUUAAUUGAAAGUAUUGUACAUUAUAUGACACAGUUUUGCUGUAUGAUGCCCUGUGUUGCAAGAACUGUUUAUCUGCAGAAAGAGUUUGAAAUUUAAAUAAAGGAGUUUUGGUUCAUGUUAAGUAAAGUUUUUUGGUUGAAUUGAAAAUAUCAUGCAGUUAUUGGUUGCUUAGGCGGCCAAAUAAUGUGGUCUUUUGAUCGAGGGCAUUGUGUGUGAUAAGUUGCAUCUUGCAGCCAUGAGCCGAAACCAGGGCACUUGUUUCAGGUCAUGGUUUAAAGAACGAGAUAUAUUCGUGUUUAGCGCACUUGUUUCGGGUCAUGGAUUAAAGACCGAGAUAUAUUCAUGUGUAGCGCACUUGUUUCGGGUCAUGGAUUAAAGAACGAGAUAUAUUCAUGUGUAGCGCACUUGUUUUGGGUCAUGGAUUAAAGAACGAGAUAUAUUCAUGUAGUGCCCAGGUCGCCAAGCCGUCGCCAGGCCACUAAGCUGCGUAGCUGUGUAGCUCGGACCGUAGCCACGUAGCCACGUAGCCACGUAGCCACUUAGCAUCCUAGCGGUGUAGCUCCGUAGCCACGUAGCCACUUAGCAUCCUAGCGGUGUAGCUCCGUAGCCGCGUAGCCACUUAGCAUCCUAGCGGUGUAGCUCCGUAGCCGCGUAGCCACGGAUUCUAGAUGUGUUUUGGAGUGGCAGGGUAUUCUGCAGUUAAGCCUAUUUGGGUAUUCCCUAAAGACAAAUGAUAAUUUUAAUAUUAAAUAUUAACCAUCAUUAUAACUUCCCUGCUUUAAAAUGUUGGAAUGAAAAUUCUGAAGUGAAGCUUAAAAAAUCUUGAUAGUUAAAGUGAACAGGGUGCCCAAAAAGGCAAGCAUCUGAUCUGGGAAAUCAAAGGUGUCAUUUUUGUCUCCAGCAAAAUCCGCUGAAUGAAGGGUAAUUUGCAUAUACAUGUAAGUGUAAGUGAAGCAAAUAGACAACAAAAGCCAGGAUAUUUCAGUUUGGUGGAAAGGAUAGGUAAUUUGCAUGCUGAUGAAGACAACUUAGAGUGCAAUUCAAACCGUUUGACUUCUCGUUUGUUUUUCUGGAAUUCCGUAGUGAAAAAUGCUGUAAACUCAAUUAAUGAAGAUAGAUACAGGCGGGUUCCCAUUAUUCUUACCACUGCUCAAAAUAGUGGCAUUCUUACUUAUAAUACUUUCAGCAUAAUUUUUUGCUGCUUCACCAGCAACAUGGAAAUAACUUGACGAUCAUUCUGGUAAUCUUUUGUUCUUUUAUUGUCUCCAAAACAAUCAAGGUGUUUCACCAAUUUCCACCUACAAAAUAAUAGGAGACAUUUGAUUUACAGAAAAAUUUGCAUUCACUAUUGACGCAAAUCAAUAGGCCCAAUUCCGUAGUGUUUUUUACAAAGACUUUGGUAAAAAAUAAAUGUUGGGGUUAGGGCAGACCUGCGAGGAUAUACAUGCACAUGUAUGCUACUGUCAUUUUUGAAAAAAAGAUGCUGGUUAAGGUCUGGAGAACUUUAAAAUGUAACGUUAUUUCUUGACAAAAUAAUAUAAGGGGAACUGAAGGGUGUUCAAUACAGGGGCGGAUCUAGGAGGAGGGUGCAGGGGGUACGCACCCCCCCUCCCUUAGAUGACCUGCAGUUUUCUAAUACAACUGGUAUUCUGCAAAAAAAAAACUGUGGUUUAUUGGUGUUGAAGUAGAGCAAGAGACGAGUGCACCCUCUCCUAAAAAAAAUCCUGCAUCCGCCCUUGCAAUACAAAGCUGAUCAAGAACAUCACUUCAGAAAGUUCCCCUUUCAUGAAAAAGAUAGCCUGCAUAGAUGGUGGGGGUCUUUUGGUCAGUGUUUUAGGUGCAAAAAUGGCCCAGAAACUAAAACAAAAAAAAUGGGCAAAAUUUCCAACUAAAGCACAGAAAAGCUCAAAAGUCCAAUUUAUCUGGGAGAUUUGGUGACCCAUCUGUUCAGGAGAGUCAGAGAUCAGUGCCGUAUCCAGGAGAAUUAGCAUAAUAUAUGGCCAUGACUCCUGUGAGUAACUUUUGCCAUAUUUUGUCAACCAUUUUAUAAGCUAUUGUUAACUUUUGCACAUCUUAUAAUGCUGCACACCUGAAUUUUCAAGGUUCAGAAGAAUAAUUAGACUGAUAAUGUAACAGUUUUUCUUAGAACACAGCUGUGUCCUUUGAAGCAAGACCAUACACAAAAAAGUAACAGUCCAUCUUCAAUUUUUGAUCAAAAUUAAUUAUAUACUUCAUUGUUAUUAUUUCUGUAAUCAUUGACAGGACUAUAAGUCUGGAAGAUCAAAAAAGUAUGGCUUUGUUGAAUUUGAUUCUCCUGCAUCUGCAGAAAAAGCACUCAAUGAGCCAAGUCACUUCAUUGAUGGAUCAAAGGUAUGAUACAUGUACAUGUUGGUUGGGUAGAAGUAUUAUAUAUAAUUAUAACAAAGUAUUAUAAUUAUAACAAACUUUCAAAUGAGAAAUAAGUCAUCUCUCAUUUCUCUUAUAUGUAUUAGGCGAAUCCUUGCAGAGGUCAUUAGCAUACAAAGUCAACCCAUAGAAGACUUCACUGCAUGUACAAUUAUUACGCUUACAUGUUGAAAGAACUGGUUAAUUUAAGAAGUUGGUGCAAUUUUCAGCUCUUUGCAAUCAAUAACAAAGGAAAUAUGGGCAAUCAAGCACUGCAAGAUUGCUAUGUGGCAAAAUUUUAAUGAACUAUUCUUGGGGUUUUUGAAAGAGAAUUUCCCUGAAAUGAUUUGGUAUAUCAGGCUCAAAUGUUUAGAGAUAACUGAAAUUGUUAUGCUCCUUCAAUGUUCAGAGAUUUUAGCUUCAUUAGUCAAUAAUAAGCAUAAUUUUUUUCAAUGAGGCAGAAUUAACAAGGAUUCUCCAUAGUGUUACUGUAUACAGUGUAUAUUGGUCUCUGGCACAUUGUGUUUAUGUGUGUGAAAAUUUACAAAUACAAUGCAGGUCCAUGUUAAUAAGAAGCUGGUUUAAAGAAGUGAUUUCCUUUUUUUCAGGUGUUCAUUCAGUCGAAGGUCAAUGAAAGAGAGACAAAACGUCAGCCACAGCAACAACGUUCAGAAGAAACUAACCAGGGAGCUGCUGAUUUUUCUGAAGUGUGA